AUGUCUGAGCCACCUUGCAAGAAAUGCAAAAAGGCCGGACUAGAUUGUUUUCAAAAACGGCCUUUCCGGUGGGUCGAAGGUGCAGCCUUUCGGGGUAAGAAAGCUUCUUCGGCCAAGGGUGCUUCCACGAAGCUCCGUCUAGGCUCACUAGGAGAGGAGCAUCUUUGCGGCGGGGAUAUAACCAACUCUGAGUCGAUUGCUGUUGCUAGCACUGUGGGGCAUGGGAGCCUUGAUUCUUUGAUUCCUAAUGUACCAGUAAAUCCGGAUGACCCCUACGCUUCAGGCGUAGACCAGGUUUCUAAGUACUAUCUAUACUAUUACAGCAAAUGCGUGUGCAAGCUGUUCGUUAUGUACGACAGCAAGAGGAACCCUCUAAGAUGUCUAAUACCCGCUGCAUUGAAUAACUCCGUCUUAUUAACGUCCAUUGUCGCGCUCUCAGCACGUCAUAUGGCCAAUGGAGACCAAUCAUUCUAUGAGCUUGGAACAUCAACCUUUCCCACGUUGAAUGACGCGCAGCAAAAUGCUCUUUGGUUCAAAUGCAAAGCUAUACAAGAACUAUCACAUGCUUUGAACGAGGGAACACCAUCCAAACAAGAUACGAUAAUUGCCAGUGCAUUUCUAUUGAUCUUUCUGGAUCUCUUGGAAUCUGGAAGCGACAAGUGGAACCUUCAUUUAGAAGGCGCCAAGAGAUUGAUUACUCAACUUCAACCCUCCAUGGCAUCACAGACAGGCAUUGAGCAGAACCUUGGGGAAACUGUUGAGGGGAUACGUAAUUUUAUCAUGAGACAGAUCUACUUAAUCGACACACUCGGGGCAACAUACACACGUCCCCGGCUAUUGUCCAGCACGCCCUCCCUACAGCAGUCGACAACACCCCUGCAGAUGAGUCUGGAUCAGUCCUAUCUAGGAUGUCCAGAGCUUCUGUUGGAUGCUCUGCGAUCUUUUUCAAUUUGUAGAGACAUGCUCGCAGGCUCAAAUCUCCUCGAUAGGGCCAGCCUGGAAUCAUAUAUUGAGAACGUCAGCAUAGUACUUGACCUAACACAGAAUUUUGAUUGUCAGGCCUGGGUAUCAGGUCUACCACAACUACAUACUCAUUCAACACAUGACACUGGUAUGCUGCCGACAUUGGCAGAGGCAUAUAAAGCCGGCACCCUCAUAUACGGCAUACGCGUUCGGGAUGCUAUUACCGGAAGUACGACACCCACCAAUGACUUGGUAUGUGGAUUGAUUGCUACAAUUGAGGCCUUGAAGUGCGACGAGGCCCUCUUCAAAUGUAUACUCUGGCCUAUGUUUGUUGCAGGUUUAGAGUCCCGACAGCAAGACCAACGGGACUUUGUCAUUAGUUGUCUGGAGAAAUUCUGGUUCGAGACGAAAUGUAUCAACGUGGUUAAUGCUGCGAAUAUUUUGAGAAGGUUCUGGAAGAUGGAUGAUACCCAACCGGCAUUGUCCUCGCAGUGGAUAUUCAAUGUCGGGCAACUGGGACGUGAUUGGCUUCUUAUAUAG